GCCUGAGUGCUCAGCUAAACACAAGUAUCAAAGGAAGUUUGACUGCUCAUUAACAAAUCUGGAAAACAUUAAUUCAGUAAAAUUCACUGCUGCUGCUCUUCUGAAGUUCUCCUCUUUCCCUGGUUGUUCCUGUGUGUGGCAUCAGAUCAGAAAGGAGAAAUUCAACACAGUACUGAAGACUGUGCUCUGAAUGCCACAACUCCACGAAGAAACAUCAUUCAGCAUGGAUGAAGAUAGUCAAGAUAUGAUCCUCCAUAACUAUUUUCACUUCCAAGAAACGGACCUGUCUAAUCAAUUAUUAAAACAGCUUAAUGCCCUACGGAAAGAGGCAAUAUUGACUGACGUCAUUCUUUGCGCUGGAGGCAAGGAAAUUCCUUGCCACCGAAAUGUACUGGCAUCAAGUAGUCCCUAUUUCAGAGCCAUGUUCUGCGACAACUUCAAAGAGAGUUACCUAAACCGUGUCCAUCUAUUGGGGGUCCAGGAAGACAUUCUUACUCAGAUUGUGGAUUAUGUAUAUACAGGAGAAAUUACAAUAAAUACAACAAAUGUUUUCUCUCUGUUGGAAGCUGCUGGUAUUUAUCAGUACCCCAAAGUACUUGAGGCAUGCUCAUUUUACUUGCAAAAUCAAUUGACAGUUACAAAUUGCCUUGGCAUGGUGAGACUGGCACAAAUCUUCAGCUGCAAAAGUUUGGAAAACAAGGCCAAGGCGGUUGUUUUGCAACAUUUCCUGGAGGUGGCAUCCUCUGAGGACUUGAAAGAACUUUCUUGCACUGAACUCGCAGACUAUUUGGGGGACAAUGAACUCUGUGCUGAAGAAGAGCAGGUUUUUGACACUGUCACAACCUGGAUCAGCCAUGACCCAAAGACCAGGCAAAAGCACGUGCAUGAGCUCCUUAAGAAAGUCCGACUCCAGUAUGUCCACCCUACUUACCUCUUUCACUUUAUUGCCAAUAAUCCCUUUAUUAAGUCAUCUCCUGUUUGUACACACAUCUUGGAAUCAGUCAGCCGGCUGAUAUUUUCCUUAAGCCCUGCAAACAGCCCAGAUAUCACAUCCAUGUGGUGUGUGCCCCGCAGGUAUGCUACUCAAGAGUUCCUGGUUAUUAUCGGAGGUAGGAAAUGUAACCAAGAGACAACAAAAGAGGCAUUGCUUUAUGACCGCAGGACAAAACAGUGGUUGGCUCUUUCUAAGCUUCCUGUUCACCUCUACAAAGCUUCUUCAGUAUGUUUACACAGUAAGAUAUACAUCCUUGGAGGAUUAAUUGUUAAUAACAAGAAGACCACCAUAAGUGCACGUGUUUAUAGUUUCUCUUUGAAAAUGAACCAUUGGAAGCCAGAAGUAGAUAUGUUGGUUCCAUGCUACUCUCAUCAGGCCAUAGCGCACAUGAAUUAUAUUUUCUCCCUGGGAGGGGUUGGGCCAAGUCAAGAAAUAUUAAAUACACUGCACAGAUAUGAUAGUAUUUUCGGCAUCUGGGAGUCCAUGGCACCCAUGCCAGUUGCUGUUCUACAUCCAGCCAUUGCUGCCAAGAACCAAAGGCUCUAUAUUUUCGGUGGAGAAGAUAUUGUACAGAAUACCGUUCGUCUGAUACAGGUUUACAACAUAUCAAGGAAUAUGUGGUUCAGAAUGGAGACAAGGAUGGUUAAAAAUAUCUGUGCACCUGCAGCUGUGAUUGGUGACAGAAUUAUUAUUAUUGGAGGCUAUACAAGAAGAGUGAUUGCCUUUGAUACAAAAUCAAGCCAAUUUGUGAAAUGUGCUGAUAUGAAAGAGAGGAAGAUGCAUCAUGGAGCUACAGUUAUAAACAACAAGAUCUAUGUAACUGGUGGACGGUUUGUCACCUCAGACAACACCAUUGAAGACAGUGAUGCAAUAGAUUGUUAUGAUCCAGAGACAGACAGCUGGAUAUCAAAAGGAAAGCUACCACACAAACUGUUUGACCAUGGCUGUUUAACACUGCAUAGCAUCUCCUACAAGCCCCCCAAGCUUUGAUUUACUCAAUAUUGGAAGGGCUGGUGCUUCUUCUGCAAGGGGUAUAGCCCUGGCUUCUGAUGGGGAAGAGUCAGAGAACCCAACCAAUUCCUGAUAAAGGCAAGUCGCAAGUGAAAAAGCCCAUCACAGUCAACUAUUGGAGCAAUGAAUAGUACACCAGACACAGUAGGCGGAAAUUAUCUUGACAGCAAGAGUUUCCAGGAAGUCUCCUCUGAAAAACACUGGGACAUCAGUAUGAGGAGAAGCAAGGUGUUUCCUUUUGGAUUCUGCAAAGCAUUUCUCACAGUGAAGAGAGAAACUCAGGUCAUUGACCCAAGCUCCCAUAAUGAGUGGAUCACUGAGUCAUAAGGGAAAUAUUUGCAUUUGUAUUGCACCUUUCACAAUCUAAGGACAUUGCAAAAUGUUUUCCAGCCAAUGUAGUACUUGUGAAGUGUUGCAACUGUUAUGAUAGGAAACAUAGCAGCCAAUUUGCCCGGGCAAGCUUCCAUAAACAGCAAAGCAAUAAGUUUUUAAAAAUUCUACCAUAAGAUAUGGGCAUCAUUAGUAAGGUCAUUGAUUGUUGCCUAUUGGUAGCUGUUCUUGAGAAUGUGUGGUGAGCCACCAUCUUGAACUGCUACAGUUUUUAUGAUGUAGGUAGACCCAAAAUGCGGUUAGGAAUCCUGUCCAGGAUUUUACCCAAUGACAAUAAAGGAAUGGUAAUAUUGUUUCAAGUAAGGACAGUAUGUGGUUUGCAGGUAAACUUGCAGUUGGAGAUGUUCCCAUGCAGCAGCUCCCCUUGUUUUUUCAGUUCAUAAAUUUGGAAGGUGUUAUUGAUUACACUCCUUCGACAACUUUGCAGAUGAUCAAGAGGAAGCUGGUGGGUCAAUAACCUGGGCAAAUUGAAUUUGUCCUGAUAUUUGUGGUCAGGACAUACAUUGGCAUUGUUUGGCAUUGUUAGGUGGAUGAAAGUGUUGUAGCUAAACCAGAACAGCUUGGCUUGGGGCAGAGUUACUUUUGGAGGACUAGUCUUCAAUAGAACCUGGAGCCUAUGUAGUAUCCAGUUCCUUCAGCCAUUUCUUGAUAUCAUGAGGAAUGAAUCAAUUUGGCUGUGAUGCUAGGGAUAUCAGGAGGAGCUUGAGAUGGAUCAUCCACCUACCAUUCUGGCUGAAGAUGAUAGCAAAUGCUUCAGCCUUAUUUCUUGCACUGAGAUAUGUUCCUCCAUUAUUGAGGAUAGCUAUAUUUAUGGAGCCUCCUUCUCCUGUUAGUUGUUUAAUUGUCCACUACCAUUCAUGACUGCAUAUGGCAGGACUUACAGAGCUUUUAUCUAAUCCAUUGGUUGUGGGAUCACUUAUCACUGUCUAUUGCAUGUUAAUAUUUUUAAUGCAACUAAUCUUGUUUUGUAGCUUCACCUGAUUAUUUUUAGAUAUGCCUGGCAUUAUUUCUGGUAUAUCCUUCUGCAUUAUUCAUUGAACUAGGAGUCUCCCCUUGGCUUGCGAUAUUGCUGAGACAAAUAGAAUUCUCCUGCUGCUGAUGUCCCACAAUGUUUCAAGGAUUACUGGUUUUGAGUUAGAUCUAUUCUAAAUCCAUCCAACUUGUCACAUUGGUAGGUCCACAUAAAAGCAUGGAGGGAAUGCUUGGAUAAAGACAGAAGACUUCAUUUUCACAAAGACCACACAGGGGCCACUCCUAUCAAUGCUGCCAUGUACAGAUGCAUAUGUGUCAGAGAAAUUUGUGAGAAUAAGCUCAUGCAGGUUUUACCAUCUUGUUGGCUCCCUCAACAUCUCCUGCAGGCCCAGUCUGAAACAUAUGUCCUUCUGGAGUUAGCAAGCUGACUUGGUAAUGUUGCUUAUAAAGCACAGUCUGUGAUGGACAUUGAAGUCCCCUACCUAGACUACACUCAAGUAAGUUUGUCUUCUUUGAAAAAUGACACAAAAUCUUUUAAGCCCACUUGAGAAGAAAAAUAUAGCUCUGCUUAAUAAAGAUGAUGCCUUCAACAGCCCAGAUUCCCUCAGUACUGUUUAGGGGUUCUCAGCCUGAAUCUUGUGGUCAAUUCUCUGGAGUGGGCCUUGAAUACAGAUUUCUGACUCAGAGAUUUGACUGCCAAACAAAACACUACACAGUAAGCCAAGCAGCAUCUCAG